AUGUUUCAAGAAAAGAGUUGUAAAAUUAGAUGGGAAAAAAUCUUUUCUUUAGUUUUUAUCUUUGUUUCAGAAUAUGGAUGUUGUUCAGAAGAAGAGGAACGACUAAUGACUGAUUUAUUUCGCGGUUAUAAUUCAUUGAUACAACCGAUUCGUAACUCAACAGAUUAUCCGUUGCUUGUAAAAAUGACUGUACAAUUGGUUUACAUCAUCAAUGUGGAUGAAAAAAAUCAAAUAAUGCACACCAAUGUAUGGUUAACAAUUAAAUGGGACGAUUUUCAAAUGAAAUGGAAUCCUGUAAACUAUGGUGGUAUAAAAGAUAUUAGAGUUGCACCAGAAAAAGUUUGGUUACCAGAUAUAGUACUGUUUAACAAUGCUGACGGUAAUUAUGAGGUAUCAUUUAUGUCUAAUGUGGUCAUUAAGCAUACCGGUGAAAUGCUUUGGGUACCACCAGCAAUCUACAAAUCUUCAUGCAUUAUUGAUGUAGAAUUCUUUCCAUUUGACGAACAGCAGUGCCAUCUAGUUUUUGGUUCAUGGACGUAUAGUGAAAAAGAAAUAACCAUGGGCUUUGUGGAAGGCGAAUAUGUGGAUACAUCAGAAUAUAUGUUAAGCUCAAUUUGGGACUUGAUUGACGCUCCAGCGAGUUUAGUUAAAAAUCGAUCUUGGAUUGAAUAUCAAGUUCGGAUAAGACGUAAAACACUUUUUUAUACGGUGGUUUUGAUUAUUCCAACAGUUCUGAUGGCUUUUCUUAGUAUGGCUGUUUUCUACUUACCUACUGAUUCAGGAGAAAAAAUGACUUUAACAAUAUCAGUUUUACUUUCUAUUGUUGUCUUCUUGUUGCUGGUAUCAAAAAUUCUACCUCCCACAUCCUCAACUAUCCCUUUGAUGGCAAAAUAUUUGUUACUUACUUUUGUGCUCAAUGUCAUUACUAUUUUGGUCACUGUUGUUAUUAUUAACGUUUAUUUCCGCGGUCCAACUACACAUCGUAUGCCUCCAUGGGUUCGGCGAAUAUUUCUUCACGUAAUGCCAAAAUUUUUGUGUUUGCAAAGGCCAAAGCAAACUUUGCGAAAACUGAUGCAUGCAAAUGGAAAAUCGGCAACAAAGUCCUCAGGACGUAUGCAACAUUUUGUUUUGAAUCCAGCUGUUCAUCAUCCGUUUUGUCCAUCGGCUGAGGAAAAUAGGCUGAAUCGAGCCCCAACCAUUGAACUUACGCAUGUUGACAGUGUUCAAGAAUUGGUUCGUGAUCCAACGACAAGUUCAUUUUAUCCAUUAAGCCAGGAAGCAGUGCGAGCCAUUGAUGCUAUUGAAUAUAUUACUGAUCAUCUAAAGCAAAAUGAGGAAUUUAAAAUGCAACGAGAUGAUUGGAAAUAUGUGGCAAUGGUAAUCGAUAGGUUUCUUCUAUAUGUAUUUGCUGGUAUUACCAUUGGUGGUACAGUUGGAAUUCUUGGUUCAGCUCCGUAUAUCUUACAAAGUGUAGAUCAAAAGAAAAUCCUUACUGAGCUUAGAACAUUGUAUUCUGCCAAAGAUUUAUAA